UACAGUGUUCGUUCAGAGAGCACUUGGGCUUCUGCUAGUGAUACAAUGUGAAUUUUAACGGGCACGAAUUUCAGCCACUCACAAAUAGUAUCCAUGUAAUAGUCGACCCCAUAACUUAACCUUAAAAGAAAUAGUCAAAAUAUUUGACUUUUAUUCGAGUAUGUACGGUACUUGAGUAAUAGUCGAUGUCAUAUAAUAGUCGAUCCCCUAUUUUAGGCCAGAAAAUCUGGCAUUUUCCUUAUCUUGUGUAACAGUCGACCCUAGAUCUUCACAGAUAUUAUCCUGUACAAAUUAUGAUAAUUUUAUUUUUGUACUAUUGUUUUGAUUUACAAUUUACACCAAUUUGGAAUCGGGUCAGAGUCUGGGUGACAACCUCCCUUUGUGUGUAGCUCAGCUGAGCUCAGUUCCCCUACAGCACCAGUGGAAUACAGUCAAACCUAGUUGAGUUUGAGCCUUUGUCAUUUUGUGAAGAAAAUGUCCUCCAGAAGAAACAAAAAAUAUACAGCAGCGUUUAAGCUGAAAGUUAUUGAAAUUGCAGAGAAGACAAAUAACUGUGUAGCAGCAAGAGAAUUUUGUGUUUCGGAGAAACUCGUGAGAGACUGGAGAAAGAUAUCGAACCAACUUCAGACUAUGCCGAAACGAAAGUGUGCCAACAGGGGUAAAUCUAGCAAGUGGCCACAAUUGGAGAAAAACGUUGCUGAGUGGGUACUUGAGAAUCGUCGAAAUGGAAAACAUGUUAGUCGUGAAGCCAUCCAAAUCCAUGCACGAAACAAAUCAAAGGAGGGUGGAAUUUCAGAUUUUAAGGCAAGUGCUGGAUGGUGCACAAGGUUCAUGAGAAGGCAUGACUUCAUACUUCGGAAGAGAGCUAGGAUUGCACAAAAGCUGCCUGCUGAACUAGAAGAUGGUGUAAAAAUGUCCUUCACGGAUGUUGGAGAAGAUGACUGUAGCGUGUUUGAUGGAUAUGAUAGCCUGGAAGAUGAUGCCAGUGACAGCAAUAGAAACCUCACCACAGAGGAUUCGAGCAAUGAUGUGGAAGAUGAGGAAGCUGGUGAGGUGCGGGACAUGGAGACUGAGUCAACAUAUGGAGGAGUGAAUGAUGAUGAGUCAUCUGUUGAUGGAGGACUUAGAAUUGCUACCUGUGAGAUGUGUGGCAUUACUGGAGCACGAGAGACCUUCUAUUCCAAGACUAAAAGAUUCUGCAGCGUCUCCUGUUCUCGAAGCUAUUCUUCCAACUCCAAGAAAGCCAGUAUCCUGGCUAGGUUGCAGGGAAAACCGCCUACAAAAAAGGCAAAGGUGUUAAACAAAGCCUCGUGGUCAUCUAAACUGGGGGCAUUUCUACAGCAACAGUCCAAUGGGAAGGGAUCAGAUAUUACUCAGAAUAACAAUUCAGCAGUUAACCAAGGAUUUGAAUGGGGAAAAUAUAUCGACGAACACAAAUGCAAAGCCGCCCCUGUCAGUUGCUUCAAACAUGUUCCACUUUUUGAUCAGUGGGAAGAUGUUCUGGAAGGAAUGAAGGUGGAAGUAUUGAACCUUGACUGUAAUCUGCCAAACAAAGUCUACUGGAUUGCACAUGUCAUAAAGUUAGCAGGUUAUAAGGCAUUGCUGAGGUAUGAAGGAUUUGAAAACAACCAGAAACGGGAUUUUUGGUAUAACCUGGGAACUGCAGAUAUCCAUCCAAUUGGUUGGUGUGCCACAUUUGGCAAGCCUCUUGUGCCUCCUCAGACUGUUCGAAACAAGACCACUGACUGGAGGGCCUAUCUGUUAAAGAGACUAAUUGGAUCUAAGACGCUACCAGUUGAUUUUCAUUAUAAGAUGGUGGAGAGUAUGAAAUACCCUUUUCGACCAGGAAUGCGUGUGGAAGUCGUUGAUAAGGCGCAAAUCUCACGUACGCGGACAGCGGUUGUGGAUACUGUGAUUGGAGGGCGCCUGAGACUGCUGUAUGAAGAUUCUGAAGAUGAUGAUUUCUGGUGCCACAUGUGGAGUCCCCUCAUCCAUUCAGUGGGAUGGUCCAAACGGGUGGGUCACAAAGUGAAACACCCAGGAGGAGUGACCAGAGCAGAUGUAAGCUCAUACCCAACGUUCAGGAAAGUCUUCUGUUAUGCUUUACCCCAUCUCUUUAAAAAAGUGCGAGCAGUUUAUGCUAAUAAUGAUUGGUUCGAAGAUGGGAUGAAACUAGAGGCCAUUGAUCCGCUGAAUUUAUCCACUAUUUGUGUUGCCAGUGUCCGAAAGGUGUUGUUGGAUGGCUAUCUGAUGAUUGGAAUUGAUGGAUGUGAGGCGGCUGAUGGUACUGACUGGUUCUGUUAUCAUGCUUCCUCUUGUUGCAUCUUCCCUGUGGGUUUCUGCAAGAAGAAUGACAUUGAAUUAACGACGCCUAGAGGCUGGGAGCAAUGCUUUGACUGGGAUACAUAUUUGACAGAAACUGGUUCCAUAGCAGCUCCUGCAAGUCUAUUCAUUAGGGAUAUUCCAUACCAUGGGUUUGAACCUGGAAUGAAACUUGAGGCUGUUGACCUGAUGGAACCUCGCCUAAUCUGCGUUGCUACAGUGACACGCAUAGUGAACCGUCUAUUGCGGAUCCAUUUUGAUGGAUGGAGUGAUGAAUAUGAUCAAUGGGUAGACUGUGAGUCCUCAGAUUUGUAUCCGGUGGGCUGGUGUGAGUUGACUGGCUAUCAACUCCAAAUGCCUGUAGAUCCAGCUCCUGAAAAGCCUGCCACUAAAUCGACAGAAGCCAGUAAGACAAAGAGGAAACCCUUUGGGAAGAAAAAGAGAAAACCACUCCAAAAGGUGACAAAACGUGGAACCAAGUGCAAGCCUGGAACAUUGGCGAAGGAGGAGCUACCUGAUGAUGAAAUCAUUGCAGUACAGGUGAAGGAGGAGACAGUCGAUUCAUCAACGCCACUGGACCCCAGCAACCUACUGAUUCCUGUAGAAAACAUUAAGCAGGAACCAGUGGACUGAGUGAGCCCGACAUCACUUCUGACAUUGCAGUGCGCCCAUGUGAACCGGCUAAUCUUCGACCCUGUAAGUGAUUGUCUUUUUGGACUGGUGUCUGAGAAGGAGAACUGCAACCGGGAGCCCUCGACCUCGAGCUGGAUUGAGUGGAUCUGACUGGUUUAAACUGGCUAGGACUGGAUCCUGCCACCAGAAGCAUUUUACACUAGGAUUCUUUUGUUCCUAAUUCCAGCCUGCCAAAAAAGGUUAUGAUUUAUUAAUCAGCCAGGAGAGUUCUGCAGUACUAAGGCGGUAAAAAUAUUGUGGCUGAAAAAGGCCAAUGUGUGUUUUAGAAAGUACAGUCUGUACAGGAGUGUCAGAUUUCUGUAAAACAUUAGUAUGGUAUUCAGUGCUCCGAUUUGACAGCCUGAAGUGUAUAGCAUUUAAACUGAUAGAUUUCCUCCUGUCCCUGAAGGUGUUUAUACCUUUACCCUUAAGUCCUUUUAUCUCACCCAUUUACCAUUCUUUGUGAGGGAACUUGAGCACAGAUCAGUGAUUUAAUUUUGUGGUGGUGAAGGAAGACACUGUAGCUCAGCCUCCUCUACCUGGUCAUUAGAUUCUACCGAUGCCACUGCUGGUGGUCAGUGGCAAGAAUUGUGCUUAUUCUCAAUUGUUCUUUACCAGUGCAUGAUAACAAACAUUUGGAGAUGCUGUCGUUAUCCCAUUGAGAAUGAGUUAGCUUGAUGCAGGUUGUCAAACCUCAUAUCGUGAUCUGCAUGAAACCACGUCACAAUGGGACUUUGCUUUACCUUCUCAUCUUUCUUUGUUCUACCCUUUGCUCAGUAACCCACCUGUUGUCUUAAAUACAGUGUCUCCUUGCUUGUCUGUAGUGGUAAUUUGCUGCUCUCCAGAAGCUUGGCCAUUUAGUUGUUGCUCGUGCGAAUGUUGGAAUCCAGCUAACGGGCUGAUCAAGCGUAGGAGCCACACAGUUUGACUGCAGUGUGUACGUGUAAACGUAUGAACAAGGACCAGAGCAGGCCAUUCAAGCGUUUGAUCCUGCUGCACCAUUCAAUAACAGCAUGGCUGACUUGAUUACUCCUCAUUCCAGCCUAACCUGAUAGUCUUUGACUGCCUUGCUUAUCAAGAAUCCAUCUAUCCCAGCUUAAAAAUAUUCAAGAUUGCUGCUUUCACUGCCUUUUGAAGAAGAGAAUUCCAAACGUUCAAUGACCUUUAUGGGGAAGAACUGCCUCCUGAUCUCAGCCUUAAAUGAGCGACCCUUGUUUUGAAAGAGAUGAUGAAACAUCCUCUCUACAUUCACCCUAUCCAGGGAGGGUGGAAGAGACAGUGGCUGGGUGAUACUGAGUCAUAUUUCCACAGACACCUUAAAGGGUUGUAAUUCUGGGAUAUUUUCCUCAUUUCUGACCAAGAAACUGAAGUUAAUUGUAAUUUCCUCAAUAUUGCUUUGGUCCAGACUGAAGUUUGAGACUGAAAUCUGCUAGAUCUAUCUAUUGUAUUAACCUGCUGAAUCCUUAGUGAAAGCUCCAUUCUUACCAUUUAAUAAUUGGGUGAAAUCUAAUGACGACAAGAAGAAAACAACUCCAGAAGAGAAACCAGUAUCAAUGGUAAAGCUGCACUGGAGCAUUUAAGAAUUUGUGCAGAAAUAGGAGUUUGUUUCUGUUUCAAGCAUUUUAUUCCUGCUGAUUUUCUAAUCCUUUGCAAACUAAUUCAUUUGAGCACUCUCCCUCAUGAGAAAUUCAAGUUCCACUCUAGAGAUUUGGGAUCAAACAUUUCAGCUCAUGUUCUUUUUGCAGUACUGAGAGUGCUGCUUUAUCAUUGAAGGUGGGAAUCCUUCAGAUGGUGGAUAAAUAAAUGCAAACUGUUUUUAAUGUUAGCUGUUUGUGGUAUAUAGGCCUCACUAACUGAGCAAGCAUUUGCCCACCCUUAACUUCCCUUGAGGUGAUGGUGAACUGCCCUUGUACUUUUGUGUCAGUGGAAACUUUUUUUCUACUUAUUUUAGUCCUUUUCAAAUUCCUUCACCACCUCACUUCCCCGCAAUUAAAUUCUCCUUUUCUAUGCCGCAACAAGAAUAAUUGCUGCCUUAGUCCACAGCUGAUAGGGCAAAAAUAUCAGCCAUUCAAUACAAUUCAUCAGUGUCUGAACAAAAAAUUGCAUCACUAUCCUUUCACUAAGUCUAAAUGAGAUGUUGUCAAGCAUUCUGUCUUAGAUGCUGACUGACUUACUAAUCCUUUUCAGCGCUUUGUUUUCAUUUGUAAUUUUCAAGCUUUCUUCCCACCUGGUACCUCUCUUCACCCUUCUCUUUGCCACUCCGUCUCUCUUUGUUAUUGCUUGCUGUUGUCCUCUCUCACUCUGCCUUCCUCUCAUACAGUCUCCUGCUGCCUCUCUGUCCCUCUAUCUCUUAAGCAAAAAAGCUGAGUCCAACUCAUAGACGUUGGACCUUUGUUACAGAUGUACUCAAUUUCAUUAUUUUAUUGUGCUGUGUAAUUACUCCUAUAACACAAGCAGGAAGGCAAAGUUGGAAAUGGAUUCAUUUUAUUUCUAUCUGAGAUUUCUAAUUUUAUUAACAAAGUCUUCAGAUUCAGUUUUGGUCCUGGCAUUUGUUUUCCACUUUUAAGCAAGGUAAACUUUAAUUUUUGAUCUGUAGAGCUAGUGCAGCUUUCAAGAAGAAUUCCCUUUUGUGUACCUCCAAGUAAUUUUAUAAACCUGCGAGUAUGAUCAUGUUUAGUUGAAGUAAGUUUUUCUUUGUCAACGCACUGCCUUCUAGUGUCUGCUGUUCUGUUUGAGUAUAGGCUUUGUGAUUUUUUUUUAAGAGAGAGCUUUCCUCACUCUGAACCCAUGUAGAAUCACCGGGUUCAGAUGGAUUAUAUGGGAAAUGGGCAUUGCCUAGGAAUAAUUGCAGAAUAGAUAUUUUUUAAUUUAACUUGUUCACACACCUCUCUGGAGCAAGUGGAUCUUGUCUCCAGACCUUCUGAUCCAGAGGUGAGGAUAGUGCCACCACACCACAAGAGACCUACGAUUGCAAACUGUAGAAUCAAGAAGAUUGACUUGAUAGCUGGGAUUAAUUAGAUGCUGUUAAGUCAAGGAUUCAGAUGGUUUCUAGGGAAUACCAGAGUGUGAUUGGUGGUAUUGCUGUUGAAGGGUUUUGAUGUCUAGAUUCUCAACAAAUCUAGGUUAAAACUAAAGCUAGAUGAAAUUUAAAAACUUGAAGAAUGAAUUGCUCGUACAUGUUUUAAUACAUAGAUAAAUGUGGUUGAAGUCAGUUGUCAGAAAUGAAAUAAAGUGAGUAUGUGAAAGAAGUUAUUGCACAUUCUGCAGUUGCAGUGUGGACACUGAGCCCCUCCCCUGCUUGCUCUUUGUAUCUCUAAUCAUGAUGUACAGGCUUGUGGCUACAUUAGUGCAGGUAUGUCAAGAAAUCCUUUUCAGUUCACUAGCAAGAAAUUUGGACUUUAGUAUGUAUCAUGGGAACUAAAUUUUUAAUUCAUGUUCUUCAAAUGUGUAUAAAUUGUGAAGUAUUUUGUGAUGUAAUGCAAGUAUGUAUAUUUGUCUAUUUUUAUAAUAUCUUGUUUGAGAUUGAUAUGCAUUAUUACAAAGUUAUUUUUUACUUGUGCUCAGUAACUUAAAGGGCCUUCAAAGUUAAUGAUCCUCUACCAAACCCAAUAAUAAAAUGUAAUUUUUAAUAAUAGAGGAUAUACAGUAAGAGAUUGUGAAAAUAACUGGUCUAUAAAUUCAGUAGAAUGCAAGUAGAUCAAUUUGUUGGUAAUUUUUGUUCUCCCUUUCCCAUCCCCAUUCUCUGCAACUUUCUGGCUUCACCUUCAAUGCAUAUGCUAACAGUGGAGAUGCAGAUUUACUUCUGAGUCUUAACUGCCUUUUCUAUUGGGUUGAACUGAAGCACACGCGGGACAAGUUACUUUAUUUGAUGUUUCAUACUUCUUACUAUUUACUGGCUGAGUUCCAACUAUACUUCAAUUAUGUAUGGCUUUGCAGGUGGCCUCUGGUAUAUCAAAACCCUGAGUUGGUGAGUAAUAGCAGCUGAACUGUGGUGGGCAUUGCAGCCUCUUUAUUACAGCUGUUCAUGUGUAAAAUGUCGUGCAGGGUUUGCUGGAUAUUAAUAGCAGUGUGUUCUGAAGGAUCACUGGACUGACAACAUUAACUUUGUCACUGUGUCCACAGAAGCUGCCAGACCUGCUGAGUUUCCCCAGCAAUUUCUGUUUUUGUUUCUGAUUUCCAGCAUCUGCAGUUUUUGACUUUUUUUUUUAACUCUUCCUUUUCCUACCCUUUGCUUGCUUUCUUUCAUUUUCUUUAAAUGAAUCCAUGAAUGACUUACUCCUGGCCCACUGGUGAUGUCAGUUUUUUGCUUGUCUGCCUACAGCAGUCUGUUACUGGGCAGCUUAAAGGAUCAUGCAAUUUAAAUCUGUGUCCACUAGUUCCUGAUCUUUGCACAGUGGAAGCUGUUUCUACUUAUUUAAAUCUUUUGGAACAAUUAAAUCCUCCUUUCUUUUAUACUCCGUAGAGUACAUUUUCAGCCUUGGCCUGUUACUGACAGGAAAAUAUCAGACAUAUUCAAUUCAUCAGUGUGUAAAGGAGAAAAUCACUAGCCCUUCACCAGCUGUCUUGAAGUAGAAUGUUAUGAGGGACAUGGCCUAAGCCCUGCCUUUAGAUGCCAAACUGACUUGCUGUUCCUUUCCAGCAUUUUUAUUUUGAAUUUUCCAGCUUUUAAAGCAGUCAGUCCAGCAAACUGCAUAAUGAAGAUUUGUUACUUUCUCCUGAAUCCCUCCAUGUCUACUAAUUUGCAGGAAAGUGCACUGUUCCAAUAUUAGUUCCAGGAACUUGACAACAAAGAAGUUACCUAAUAAAAGCAACCUUGAACAUUGCUGAAAAGAUGUUCUUUGUGUCUCACUCAUCAGGACAAGUACAAGAAUGCCAAAUUUGAAAUGAUCACAGCAAUGGCUAGAAUCAUGGCAACAUCUCAGCCAAUCAGAGCUAAUUUGUCAAACAAUCAUAAUCAUUGUCUUGUUGAGUUUUUGGCAUUCUUGCAUCUGUCCUUAUGGGUGCACAAUGAAAACCUUCAGCAACAUAGCCCUCUCUCUUUCCAGCAAUGAACAUGUUUUGUGCCACAAAACAACUGUGUUGGAUAAGCAACAAGAUGAGAAAUAAAUUACUUACUCUCUACAGAAGAACUGGUGCUAAUAAUGAGCAGAGAUUAGUAACUUGCAUUUCCUAGUUUGGGGAUUGCUGCGCUUUUUAAUUAAUUGGAUGGUCAAUCUGAAACAUAAUCUGUUCACUGAGACUUUGUUAAUAUUUAUAUUUGCUAAAUUGUAAGGGGUUAAUCCUUGUAAUGAACAUUGAUUAUGUCAAUAAACCAUAUUUUGUAUGAUGUCAA